GAGUUUUCUCGCGUUCUGCCACAUUUACAUGAAGAAAUAAACUCCAACGCUCAUCAAAUAUUAUCUGAUGUAUGUAUACGUGUAUAUGGGCGGAGGUUGGGCUUAAUGGACCGCUUAAAUUUGUAGCGCCCUCCCAUAUAAACAGGCUCUCACUAGGUGUGUUCAUAUCAAAAUGACAUGUCGGCGUCCUAGGUUUACAACUACAGCAGUAGUAUAUGGGCUACUUGGGGAAAAUUAUGAACUUUUGACCUAGUGACCUACUGACCUACUGACCUACUUUGUGUAUGAGAAGUUUGAAAGUUGACCUGACCUAGUGACCUAGUUUGGAUGACCUAGUGACCUACUGACCUACUGACCUACUUUGUGUAUGAGAAGUUUGAAAGUUGACCUGACCUAGUGACCUAGUUUGGAUAUGGUGUAAAAUCUCCAGAGUGGGUCAUGGCCUAGUAACCUACUUUGGACCUGACCUAGUGACCUAGUUUGGAUAUGGUGUAAAAUCUCCAGAAUGGGAAAGUUAUGAACUUUUGACCUAGUGACCUGUUGACCUGUUGACCUACUUUCUGUGUGAGAAGUUUUCAAAGUUGACCUGACCUAGUGACCUAGUGACCUAGUUUUGAUAUGGUGUAAAAUCUCCAGAGUGGGUCAUGGCCCACUGACCUACUGACAUACUUGAGAUAUCCGAAGUUUAGACGACCUUGACUUGGUAAACCAGUUUGUGGAUAUUGUGAAAAAUAACCAAUUUGGGUUAUAGCCUAGUGACAUGGUGACAUAGUAGACCUAACUUGAAGAUACUGAAAAGAAUAAGAGUGAGUCAGCACAUAUAAUACUAAGGGUGUUGUAAAAUAUCUAAGAAUACCACGUCAAGUUCAUGUACAGCAUUCCAAAGCAGCUUUGAUAAGGAACAACUAUAGCAUUACAAACAUAGAUGAAGUAUUUAUAUAUUAUGCUAACCACAAGGAGGAAGACUUCAUAUGGCAAUUGGCCACUCUGUUCUCUUUGAACAAAAAGCGUUAUUACAUGGUACACCUAUCACCAUUCAUAAGGAACAACUGUAGCAUGACAUGCAUAGAUGAAGUAUUUACAUAUUACACCAACCACAAGAGGGCAGACUUCAUACUGCAAUUGACCAAUCUGUUCUCUUUGAAACAUGAAGCGUUAUCAUAAGGUACCCCAAGCAACAGCUUUGAUAAGGAACAACUACAGUAUGACAGACAUAGAUGAACUAUUUAUAUAUUACAUCAACCUCAAGGAGGAAGACUUCAUAUUACAAUUGGUCACUCUUUUUCCCUUUGGACCAAAAAGCGUUAGUACAUGGUAUGCCAUUCAAUAUUUUUCUAUUUCAUGCAACAGAGUCUGCUAAAACAAUAUUCAGAAAAAUAUCACAUUCAAAGUUACACCAACUCUGUACAGACUAAAGUCAACUGCCUAGAACUUUUCACAAAGCACUCUACUAAAAUGCAUGUAUGACAUUAUGCAAAUGAUGAUUGGUGCAAUUCACCAAAUGGUAGUUUGGGUAUUAUGUAUAAUUUUUUGUAAUUUUUGUCCUAAUCAGGUCAUAAACGAUGGAACAACAUAAUUGUGAUGAUCGACCUAAAUGCUGCUACCGUUUUAUUUAAUGACCCUAAUUUGACCAUAAGUACUGGUAAUUAUUUUUUUCCCUUUGUUACAUACAGAUAUUUUUCAACAACUUGUGUGAUUCUUGUUUAAGAUCAGGAUUAUAUUAUUGUUUAAUCAUUCUGUUACUCAUAGUCUUUUGAGACGGAUGUCUAUUGUGUUGUGGCUUUGGUGAUAUCAGGAGAAUCUCAUACCCAGAAACUUCACGGAUAUUAAACUAAGGUAAGAAUUUUUGAUCUAUUAUUCCUUAUUGUAGGCCUACAAUGAGAUUUAUUUUUGGAGGUAUAUUUGGCCCUGAAAGGACCGUUUUUCCUGAUGCCCCUGGGUGAAAAGUUUAUGAUGAUGGUGUCAAACUUCUAUGGUAUAUGAUUGAAGCUUCCUCCAAGUCUAGGAAUUCCUUCUCUUCAUCAAUUGUUCCACAUGUACAUAAACAUGGACAUGAAUGUGCACACAUAUGGUUAUUCAAAAUUAGGUCCUUUUGAACAUUUUUCAUGAAGCAGUGUGUACAUCUCUUUGCUUCACAGUUUGUACACUUGAUGUGGUAGUUUUGGAAAUGGUGAUCUCCCAGCAUACAGUCAUCACACACACUGCCGUGCAUAAUUUCCAAUCUUGUGCCAAAUAUAACUACGUUUGGUAGUUGUAGUGCUUUCCGCACACUUGCUUGCAGUUGUUCAUAUGUAGACAUUGUGGUGCACUAAUCUCAAAUGAACUCUGAUAGAUGCUGUCCAUUCUUUAUCUACUAUGUGAUAUUUGUGAGUGAAUCUGAUUGGAUAUGAGUGUGUGAUUAUGAGAGGUCAUAUGCUAAAGAACAAUGACAAACUUGACCUUGAGCAAACUUCAUUUGAAUUUAUCCUCAAAACACACAAAACACAUUUUGGUUAUCCAUUUGGACCGAGAUCGUCAACAUGGAAGGACCGCUCCCCAAAACUGUGCUUGCCACUCUGAAUUUCUGUCUGCAUCAGGCAUUCUAUCCUGAAGGAAAGGAUCCUGUUCAUGGAGUUUUUGUAGUUGGGGAGAAGCUCUUUGAUGAGCUGCUUGAGGGAAAUGAAGAAAGAAAAAUAAUUUCUCAUGGAAAUGUCAUGAUAAAUGAUAAUCUCUAUGUACUUAAUCGUACUAUUCCAGCGAGGCAAAAAUAUGGCCCUUUUACCAUGGAUGAAAUAUUCAAGAUGGAGAGAACUAAUGUGUUCACUGCUCCAGAAUGUUUAGAGAUACUUGCUAAAUACAAAUCAAUUCAUGUGUUAUCAAACAGCAAUGGCUGGAAGUUGUGUCCAAAUGGCGAGAUUGUAUCAAACAUGCAUCCUCCUGAAUAUGUGAGAAGAUCAUUUCAGUUCACUUUUUCAACAUACAUCCCAGAAUUAAAGAACUGUGAAGGUGUUAUAAUUGUUCCAAGUACAAUUUCACGAGAGCAAGUACAGGAUCCGAGAAUCACAGUGAUAAAAAGGGACACAUUUCACAUAACAAAAGUAGAAACUGCUCCUGGAAAAUGGUUCAUUUUGCAAAGCUGCCGAACAGCUUAUUAUGAAAAUGACCCCUGUUUUUAUUUAGCAUUUAAUAACUCAAUCUACUGAUACCACGAUAGGCAUUGCAUUUGCUCUCAACACAUAUGAAAAGGUUUGUGUUUUGGUUGUGCGCAAUCUGAUAAUUUUUCGCCAAACUUGCCAAAGUCACAACUCUUUUGGCUCCUGUCAUUGAAAUGGAGUCAUAUUUCUAUUUGCUAUACAAUGAGUCAGAAUCAUUACCUGUAUGCAGCAAUGACAUGCAUUCAUUUAGCAACUCUUUCUAUGACAUGAACUCGUCAAACACAAAACUUCGCAACAAACACUUCUCUAUUCCUGUAUAUUACUUAUUUUCAGUUAUAAUAAUGGAAAAGAAGACAAUGGAACGGUCAUGUGCAGCAGCAGCUGCUGUUAGUAAUAAAAAAUUGACAUAUGCCAAUGUGGUUGCUGGAAAAAAGCCUCUUCCUAUUCUUGACGGACCUGAUUCCGAGGAGGAGUUCACUUCUAAACCACAUGAAUGGGUAAAAGUGGAAAGGAAGAGGCCUAAAGAGGCAAAGAAAGGCCAUUUGAAGCUCUAUCUAAAAAAGAGGUCAUUUAAAACUCAACUGUCAACUCCAAGAAUGACAACAAAAAAAACGAAAGUUACAAAAACGCCACCAGAAGAACCAACACCCUCACCACCAUCACCAUCAAGAACAACAACAACCCCUGGAAAUGAUGAAGAAAGAAAAGUUGGAAGAAUAUCCCCGCCACUCCCACCACCUGUAACGCAGUCAACAACAACAACAAUGGGCGAAAGAACGUACAGUGAUUUUAUAGACAUUUUAAACGAUUGGGUUUUGAAGAGAGCAGGUGUUGGGAAGAUGUACCUCCCAAAAUAUUAUGAAGGGAAGGAACGUAAGGAAUUUCUUGAGGUAAUGAUGCCGUAUUUAAAUCCUACACUCUUUUUUUUACCAUCGUCAUCUGAUGCUGGUUGUCAGGAAAAUGCUGUGCCUGAAACGCCUCCUUCACCACCUCAUCAAUCUGUCAUUAUGGUGACUGAUCAGCCGCAUACGGUACGGGAUAGUCCACAUUUAAGGGAUCUGCUGCAACGAUCCAGCAAUAUUGAUUUGGAUCAUGAGGAAGAAAAAAUACCUCCUUCGCAAAUUUAUCGUCCCGAUGGUAAAGACCUGAAUGAGGUGUUUUUUGUUCCUGAAUUUCAUCAGUGUGUUGCUGGAGAUCAGGAGGCGUUGGAACAAGAACAUCUGACAACUGAAAUGCCUCAACCAUCUGAUGAGGAUGUUGUUCUUGUUCCAGACUCUCCUGAUCUAGUGAAACAGAUGCCUGUCCGGGAAGAUAGCAAAGAAAAAAUACCUCCCCUAAACAGAGAAUUGGAGGGGGUGCCAUGCACACCAGAGGAUCUUGCUUUGCUAGACUUCUCGGACUUGCUAUAUUAUGAAGAAAAUAGGAAGUGCCAUUCAAAAAGAGACAAAUUACCAAACGGAUUGCCUAUGACAGAAAAUUCGUCAGAUGGGGACGUCCUGAAAUAUCUUUCAGGAUCGUUUCCAGAUAAUGAAUCAAAUGUAACAGGCAACCAAUCAGAAUCACCACUCUGUACACCAAUUGUAAACGUGGAUUCUGAUUCUCCUCUUCGAGGUCAAAUAGUUCAUAAUCUCUUUGAUGAGAUUACGAAUGGGAAAGUGCAACUUGAGGGGUUGCAAUCAUCACAACUUGGGCAGGAUGUCCAACUCCAGCAGUUUCUGGAGUCGAACAUCCUCACCAAGGCUGAGGAGCGUUCAUCACUUACAACUAACAAGUUGCAAGAGGUGAACGAACCUCAUACCUCCCAAGUUGCAUCGACAUCCUCCGCUUAUAUCAGGUCUGAUCCUACUAAGCGGAAGCUUGACCUCGAUGGGGGGAAUUCAAAGAAGCGACAGAGGAGGCAGGACAGGGACUCUGUCUUGAGAUCACUUUUGAAAAGUCCCAAUGAAAGGAGACCUCCUCAUGCAAUUGGUGUUCUACCGGGUGGUAAUGUUGGAAAUGGUGUACCCCAGAAAGACAAUCCCAACAUCCGGGCAAUUUUAAGUGGCACACAUUCUGUGGUACACCCUUUCCAUGAUACCAAGAUGGCGACGUCUUUUUUAGGGCUUCGUCAAAAGACGACAAAAAAAACGUAGCCAAUACUCAGAUUGGUGGUCACCAGGUCAUCAACCAAAAUGGCCCUUCUUCUUUUUCUUCUUCUUCUCCUUCCGAUGAUGAUGAUGAUGAUGAUGAUGAUGAUGAUGAUGAUGAUGAAAAUGUUGACGAGUCGGACAAUGAGAUACAUGGGCAAGCACAUAACCAUCCUCAUGCACAGCCUGUUUUUCAAAUUAUCUCGCUCAAGGACAUUAAAAUAAGAAAAUAUGGCACGAUGGGUCAAGAUUUGAAAAUCAAAGUAACUGGAAUGGAGCGAGGUACCUCUUUCAAUGAUAUCUUAUUUCACAUAUCAAAUGUUUUCGGAGAACUUUUAAAUCGUCUCCUUCAGGAUGUGCAGCCCCAAGACAGAGUCCGACUUGUCAUAUCUGGUCAAGGACUUAGACAUAUCAGUAUUCCAUUCAUUUCACCAGAUCAACUCACAGUCGAAAAGAUCAUGAGUGAAAUCGAGAGAGUUACUCAAUCAAAUGACUCAUGGCUUUUCGAGGGCGAGUUUUUCGUCAAUUUCAUACACACCCCUCUUCCCAUUGGCGGUUUGUAUGCAAGAGGGAUUGCCUCUCUUCAUCAAAAAGUCCGCGAAAAGUCAUGCUUCAUCGAAAUUCAAAACAAAGAUGACGAAUUAUGUUUAGCCAGAGCCAUCAUCGUUAGUAAAACUCGUAUAGAUAACCAUCCACAACACCAGUCAAUCAGACAUCCCAAUAGUAAAAAACAAGGUGAAAUGGCGGCCGAGCUUCAUGAAAAUGCGGGUGUUCCAAAAUCCAAAUGCACCCUCAAAGACGUCGCUAAAUUUCAAGCACACCUUUCACCCGAUUAUCAGCUCGUGGUAUAUUCUAGUUUAUAUUUCAACUGCAUGUGUUACAGAGGACCCCCUGCACCGCACCGCAUAAAUCUGUACCACUAUGAUGAGCAUUUUGCUCCAAUCAUGUCUAUGACAGGGUUCUUUGAGAGGUCUUAUUAUUGUCCGCACUGCGACAAAGGUUACCAAAACGAUAAAACCCAUGUCUGCGAAGCUACGUGUGCAUGUUGUAAAACAGACACCGGUUGUGAUAUAGUUAAAUGGACAAACUGUCCCAAAUGUAGACGUCUUUUCAAAAGUCAAGCGUGCUAUGAAAGACACCUUGUAAAAAAUGAUGCCGCUCAUUCCGUUUGUGAACUUUUCAUAAAAUGCUUGAAAUGUGAUAAAUCAUAUGAUAAACGAAACAAACACCAAUGUUUUACAACGUAUUGCCAUAUUUGUGGUAUGAAUAAACCACAUGACCACAGAUGUUUCAUCAAAAAACCAAAGCAGAAGAAGAAGGGUGCAAUGAGAGAUUUUAUGAAAUUUGUAUUUUACGACUUUGAAUCCACCCAAGAAAAAAUUCUAGAAAAUGGUGAACGAGAGCACAUUCCAAACUUGUGUAUUGCACAUCGUUGCUGCCUCUUUUGUGGAAUAGAGGAAAGUGCUAAGAAUGAUGAUGAAUUAAAAUGUAUUUUGUGUGGUGAUGAACGAGAAGAGAAAGUAUUCCGUGGGGAAAAUACUGUCGUAGAUUUUUGCGAGUGGCUAUUCAACGGUUCAAAUAUAGGUAAAGUGGCAGUGGCACACAACAACAGGGGUUACGAUGCCUUUUUCAUUAUUCAAUACCUUCAUAGUGUAGGGAUCAAACCAACAGAUGUUAUUCAAGUUGGCCAGAAAAUUCUUUCAUUCGAAGCAGCUGGAGUGAAAUUUCUCGAUUCUCUUAGUUUUCUGAACAUGCCUCUUAGCAACUUUCCCAAAACCUUUAAUUUCACUGAGAUGAAAAAAGGCUACUUUCCACACCAUUUCAAUACAAAAGCAAAUGAAAAAUAUAUCGGAGAAAUCCCCGACAUUAAAUAUUUCGACCCCGACAGUAUGACCGUGGAAGGGAGAAAAAAGUUUCUUCUGUGGUAUAAUGGCCAACUUGGAAAACCCUAUGAUUUACAAGAGGAACUGGAAUCCUAUUGUCAGAGUGACGUCACCAUUUUGAGAAGGUGUUGUGUUCGCUUUGUGGACUCAUUCGAAUGCUUGCUAAAGGUGAAUCCUUUUAAAGAAAGCGUAACUAUAGCAUCAGCUUGUAGUAGAGUGUUUCGACAAAACUUCAUGACCCCCUCUUCGAUUGCUGUUCUGCCACCUCAUGGUUACACAUUUGACAAGCAGUCCAACAUUGGAAUAAAGUGGUUGGAAUGGUUGAUGUUCAAAGAUAAAGAUAUCAACAUAUGUCAUGCCGGCAAUGGGGGUGAAAAAUCCAUUGCCAAUUACAAAGUGGAUGGUUUCGACGAACAGAAUAAUGUCAUUUAUGAAUUUGAUGGUUGUUUCUGGCAUGGAUGUGAAAAAUGCUUUCCGCACAAGGACACUAUGAACCCCCGCAUUGGUACAACUAUGGGAGAACUUCGUGAAACCACAACGUUUCGGCGAAAUUUCCUGAAAGGUUGUGGUUUCACAGUCAUUACGAAGUGUGAAUGCGAUUUUAGAGAAGACAUUAAAAACGACCCCCAACUUGCUCAAUUUACAAAAGACAUCAUCAUCAGCGAGCCCUUGAACCCCAGAGAAGCUUUUUUUGGCGGUCGCACAAAUGCUGUCAAACUUCAUCACAAAUGUACAGAAAACGAAAGUAUAAAAUAUGUAGAUUUCACAUCUCUUUAUCCUUGGGUCAACAAAUACCAACACUAUCCACUAGAUCACCCCAAAGUUUUUAGAGGUGAAAAUAUUCGGAAAAUAGACCCAAUGAAAUGCGAAGGCCUCAUAAAGUGCAAAAUAUUACCGCCAAAGAAACUCUAUUUCCCUGUAUUGCCUAUGCGUAGAGACAAGAAAUUGAAAUUCUCUCUUUGUGCCAAAUGCGCUCUUGAAUCCUCCAAAAUAUGCAACCAUUCUGAUGAAGACCGAGCACUUGUGGGUACUUGGGUUAUUUUUGAAGUAAAAAAGGCCAUUGAAAAAGGCUAUAAACUUCUAGAGACUUUUGAAAUUUGGCAUUUCGAAAAAACAACCAAGUAUGAUAAGGUUGAGAAGGAGGGGGGUAUAUUUGCGGGUUACAUCAAUCAUUUCUUGAAGCAAAAGCAGGAGGCAAGCGGGUGGCCAGAAUGGUGUCGUACAGAGGAGGAUAAAAACAAAUACAUUGACGAUUAUGAGAAAAACGAGGGAAUCCAAUUGGACAGGGGGUUAAUUGGUGUUAAUCCAGGGCUACGAAGUAUCGCUAAAAUCUGUUUGAAUUCGCUCUGGGGAAAAUUUGGGCAGAGAUCUAACUUCACAAAGACAUUAUAUACAGAUAAUCCAGAAGAGUAUGUCAAAAAGUUGACUGACGACAGUGUUGAAGUAACUGAUGUUCAACUUGUGAACGAAGAGUUUGUUCUGAUGAAAUUCAGAGAGAAGGAUGACUUCAUCGAACCAUGUCCAUACACGAAUUGUGUUAUUGCUGCAUAUACCACUGCUCAUGCACGCUUAAAACUGUACUCUGAAUUAGAGAAGCUGGAGCGACAGGUAUUAUAUUUUGAUACGGAUAGCAUUAUAUAUGUCGUUGAUGAAACAAACGAACAACAUUACAAUCCACCCUUGGGUGACUACCUUGGUGACUUUAAAGAUGAAUUAGAGGGUAAAACUAUAGAAGAAUUCAUAUCCGGCGGUCCCAAAAACUACGGUUACAGAAUUAAAGGUAGCGGAGAGACUGUCUGUAAAGUCCGGGGAUUUACCUUGAACUAUGCAAAUAGUCAAAACAUAAAUUUUGACUCCAUGAAGAAACUUGUGGAAGCAUUGAACUUUUCGGACAAGAUUACGAUCACAAAUCCUUUCAAAAUCAAAAGGCGAAAGGACUUCAAAAUUGUAACGGUACAAGAGGAAAAGAAAUAUGGCUUGGUUUAUGACAAACGUUACCUCGUUGAUGAUUUUUACACCCUCCCAUUUGGAUAUUGAUUCUUCACCUCUUUGUUAUAAUAAUAAGAUAAAUUUUGUUGUACCUAUAUUCUUGAAAACGACACUGAUAUCAACCAUAGAUUGAUUUGAAUUAAAAUUUGCAAGGGCAUAUAUCUGUGAUAAAAUGUUUAUACUGGCAUAUUUUAUGGUGAUAAAACAAUGUGAUAUUUAUUUCAUUCUGUGCAUUGAAACUGUAAAUAUAUUGAUGAUAAUAAUAAUAAUAAUAAUAAUAAUAAUAAUAUGAAUAUGAAUAUGAAUAUGAAUAUGAAUAAUAACAUUAACAACUGUAAUAAUGUUGAUAUUUUAUGAGUUUAAUCUUCGUCAUUACAUCAUCAGCAUCAUCAUCAUCAUCAUCAUCAUCAUCAUCAUCAUCAUCAUCAUCAUCCUGAUUGACAAAUAGCUUUUUCUUUCUCUAAUCGAAUCUCAAGAAAUUCCAUCCCACCUGCUCUCUCAAAGAAAAAUUGUAUGAUAUUUAAAUAUUUUUGCAUAUAAAUGUAUAUUAAUCUGUGUACGCGUAUAGAUGAUGUAUAUAUUUUGUAAAUUUUCAAUUAAUUCAUUCAAAGGAUUGCUGUUUAUGUUUGUGAGUAUUGAUGUAUAUGUUUGUAAAUAUUCGAUUAAUCAAUUGGUUAAUUAAUUGCAAGGAUCACCAUUAUGAUAUUUAUUAAACUCGGUAUAAAAUCUCA